UGAAACAUAAUUGCCCAUUACUUCCUUUCUCUCCCCAAAGAUUAUCUUUCUCCCAUAGACCCGUCAAUUCCCAUUUCUCCCAUUCAUCAACUUGUGAAUCUGUGCAUGCGCCGCCAUUUUCAGAACAACCGGUGGAAGCAUCUUCAACAGGGAGAGCGGGAAAGGGAAAUAAGUUAGAGGAAAAAGAGGGCUACUUUGCUUAGCGGCGGCGGAGAUAGAGCUAUCAUUGGCGACGCUUUCAGCUCAACAACAUCCAUCUCUCACAUUCACGGUCAAUGGCACCAAGAUGGAAAGGAAAAGAUGCAAAAUCGAAAAAGGAAGCAGAAGCUGAGGCACUUAAAGAACCCAUGUCAAAGAUUAUAUCACAACUUCAGUCUUCUUUAGUUCAAUCAAAUACUUGUGGUUUUCUCUCUGAUAACUGUGUACACUUAACAGUGCAAGCAGAACAACUUGACUUGCUUGAUAAAGCAUGCUUUGGUCGACCUGUGAGGAUAGUUGAAAAGGAUAUGUAUUGGUUUCAAUUAACCGUGGAGGAAGCAUUCUAUCUAUGUUAUUCCUUGAAAUGCCUCAAGAUUAAGAUUAAUGUUGGUGCUGAUACCGGUCCCUUAAAUGAUGAAGAGUUGUGGCAUUACUUCAGGUCCAAGAAAGAAACAUUCCCUUAUUUCUACAAGGCUUAUUCUCAUCUUAGAAUGAAAAAUUGGGUUGUGAGGUCAGGGGCUCAGUAUGGUGUAGACUUGAUUGUCUAUCGCCAUCAUCCUGCUCGGGUGCAUUCUGAGUAUGGUGUACUUGUUCUAUCUCAUGACAAGGAUGGUGAUCUAAAUGGAAGAUUGAGAGUAUGGUCUGAUGUUCAUUGCACAACUCGACUUCUUGGAGGUGUUGCAAAAACCUUAUUAGUUUUGUACGUUAACAAAAAUGGUAACAAUGAUGAGUCUCUGUUAUGUUUGACAAACUAUACCGUUGAAGAACGCACAAUCUCCCGAUGGAGUCCAGAACAAUGCCGUGAAAGAUCCAUAUAGACAUGUCAUGUUCUUAAUAUUAUUAUUGUUAUUCCCUUUUUGCAUAAACACAGUGGAAAAUAGUAACCUCGCUCGUAAUUAAUUUUGAAGGUUAGUCUUAGUAUUAGAUAUCGUACCAAGUGUUCUUUUAUUUUUGUUUGCUUUCAGUUUUAACCUUUUUGAUUA